UCUUCCAACCAAACCGCACUUGUUGAAUGGUAGCUGCCGUCUCAAUAAUUGCAAAACCCAAAAACUCCAAAUCUAUCCAACCAUGCACCAACCAUUCAAUCUCUCCCUCUCUCUCUAAAAUCCAACCUCGGCUCUUUCUCUCUACAAUGGGCUGCUGCGGCGAUGAAGACGAGGACCUCCUCAAGCAGCUCCUCCCCGACCCACCCCAAAACCUAACCCUAAUUCCAUCCAGUUUGCUGGAUUCCUCCCUAGAAGUUUCGCUUUCGGGCGAUUGUGAGUCUGUAAUUUCCCCCAUGAAUUCCCAUUUCUACGCCUUGGCUUCAAGGGACAUUCUAAGGUCCAUCUUCGAGCUUCUUUCCAUGUCCGACCUUGCUAGGGCUUCCUGUGUAUGUCGCCUUUGGAACUCCGUGGCUUGUGAACCAGGCCUGAAAACUGCUGCCUUUCGAGCUCCAUGGAAGCUCAGAGAGGUUCUCGGUCGACCCUCCUCUGCUGCGUUCUGGAGAGAGAACAGUCUUUCACGAUUUGCCAUCUCUCAUAUUUUGAAUAAGGGUGAUACUAUACCAGGGCUUGCCCUAAGGUACUGUGUUCAGGUAAUGGACAUCAAACGUUUGAAUAAUAUGAUGAGUGACCAUGGAAUGUACUCGAGAGAGAGAUUGUUAAUCCCCAUUAGUGACCCAAAAGUCCUCCAUGGUGGAACUUGCUACAUAGAAUUGGACUUGUAUGCAAAGAGGGAAGUAGCAGUACUUUAUCUUGAUGGAGUUCCAGAUGGGCAUGCAAGCUAUUUGAUGAAUGUCGAGGCAGUAGGGAGAAGCAAGAAGAGGCUACUUGACUCAAUGAAGAGAAGCUUACAUGCAGAUGAAGGAACUGUAGAGUACUAUUUAUCCAUCUCAAAUGGUGACCCCAGGGCAGCAUAUUCACUCUAUGCUCAAGAUCUCACAUGGGAACACCAGCAAUCCUCCACAAGCUCUUCAUAACAACUUGAGGCAAUUUCUUGAUAACAACUUGAGGCAAUUCUUGAUAAGAAAAUGUGAGCAUUGUUGGUUGUAUAUUCAGUCAAGGUGCUCUUGGGGAAGCAUGUUACCCAAGUAUCACCCCUUGAAGGUUGUUGGUUUCUUAUUUUUCUUUUGAAUUGUUUAUCAUUGUUUUACCUGAAUUUGCAAGGUUAAAUUGUGUAUAGCAGCUAUGUGAUGAUACCAUUAUGAGGGAGAUAUGUACGUGAGGAAUGAUCUCUUAAGCCGUGUAAACUGUUGCAGAAGAGAGAUAAAAACUGAUAAGUUCAAACUUCAAAGAAAACAUUUGGAUGGAAAAGAUAUUUGACGUUUAUAAUGAAAGAAAAAGAGCAAUGUGGAA